AUGGGCCCCGCGAGCGACGACAGUUGUUGGCUUGCCCCCGCACGCGCUGCUUCAUUCACCCCGCGCCGUCAGGUGUUCCCCACCAGUCCAUCCGUUUUCCCCCAUCACCCCACAUCAUCACAAGAGAGAGCCAGCGAGAUGGUGCCGACGUCACCGACAGUGCUGCCGCCUCCGGGGGCGGCCGCGAUGUUUCCGUCCAUGAACUACCCGCGUUACUUCUUCCCGUGGCCGCAGCUGCCGUCGAACCUGUUGUUUCCGUAUCCGCCUGCCCUUCUGCGCCACUACGCCACGUCCCUGCAGGCCACUGCCGCCGCUGUGGCCGCCGCGGCGCCCGCCGUCCAGGGCGGCGGCGGCGGCGGUGGUGGUGGAGGCGUGGGUGGCGGCGACGGAGCCGAGCACCCAGCACGCGACUCCUCUGCUGGAUGGCUGUCACCCUCGUCGCCAGAACCUUCCAAUGCCACCAAAGGCAAAUUCGAGUUUCCAUCACCCCUGAAACCCUAUUCGACGGAAGACGAGGACGACGACGAGAAACCCCUGAACCUGUCCCUCAAGAACCACGACUCUUCGUCGCUGCAAUUGGAAAAGCGGCUCCACCGCCACCACCAUCACCACCACCUGCACCAUCACCACCACCAGACGCCGCCCGGGAUUUGGUCGCCGGCCUCCUCGUUGGAACCCAGAGCGGAACCCUGGCUGGACGCCUCUUUCUUCGACUCCAUCCGUCGCGUGUCUGCCAACAACAACAACAACAACAACAACAAUACAGUUCUGCAGCACCGAGCAACAGUUAAAGAGGAAGGAUCAGAUGAUGUGAAGGUGAGGAUCCCGUCACCCGCAGCGACAUCUCCCGGGAGCAGCAGUGUGGCGAGUCCCGGUGGCGUCUCUCCGGCCACGAAUGGCGUCUCGAAACCUGUGCAACGAGCCCGAACGGCGACGAAAAACAGCGCCGGUGAACGCGUGUUUGAGUGUAACCAGUGCGGAAAGGUGUUUAAGCGAUCGUCGACGCUGUCGACGCACCUGCUGAUCCAUUCGGACACACGCCCGUAUCCAUGCCAGUACUGCGGGAAACGAUUCCACCAAAAGUCUGACAUGAAGAAGCAUACUUACAUUCAUACAGGCGAGAAACCGCACAAGUGCGUUAUUUGCGACAAGGCGUUCAGCCAAUCUUCAAACCUCAUCACGCACAUGCGCAAACACACGGGCUACAAGCCCUUUUCCUGCGCACUCUGCGACAAGGCGUUUCAACGCAAAGUCGACCUCCGCCGCCACGUGGAAUCCCAGCACCCAGGCGCCCCGGCGCCGCCGCCACUGACCCUCGUGGCGAAAGCAUUCGCUGCUGCCGUGGCCGCCGCACGGGACUCGCCGACAACACCGCCGAUGUCGACGACGACGACGACGGCGCCUGUCGUCGACACCACAACAGUUUUGCCAGAGUCUGAUACCGAGGACUCUGCUGUCGGUGACGAGCAUAGCAAUGAUGUCGUCAUGACGUCGACAAAUAAGAUGGAGGUCAUGUCACCGAUUGCUUCUGAGGUCGACGAAGGCGAGUGA